UCUCUCUAUAUAUAUAUAUAUAUAUAUAUCACUCCAUCUGAAAAUUUCUCCUCUCUUUUUACUCAUUUCCAAAGAAAACCCAUGGCUUCCUUUAAAUCAUCUCUUUUGUAUAUACUACUGACUGCUCUUCUUGCUGCUAGCUCUUUGGCGGUUGCCAAUGCUGGUAACUUCAACCAGGACUUUCAGAUAACAUGGGGAGACGGUCGAGCUAAGAUUCUCAACAAUGGCGAGCUUCUUACUCUCUCACUUGACAAAGCCUCUGGCUCUGGCUUUCAAUCCAAAAAUGAAUAUUUGUUUGGCAAGAUUGAUAUGCAGCUCAAGCUUGUCCCUGGAAAUUCUGCUGGCACUGUCACAGCCUACUAUUUAUCCUCAAAAGGGUCAACCUGGGAUGAGAUAGAUUUUGAGUUCUUGGGGAACUUGAGUGGUGAUCCUUACAUUCUUCACACCAAUGUCUUCAGCCAAGGCAAAGGAAACAGAGAGCAACAAUUCUAUCUCUGGUUUGACCCAACUGCUGAUUUCCACAACUACACCAUACAUUGGAACCCCACUGAAAUUGUGUGGUAUGUUGAUAGUCUACCAAUUCGUGUUUUCCGAAACUACGAAAACCAGGGGAUUGCUUACCCCAACAAGCAAGGGAUGAGGGUUUACUCAAGCUUAUGGAAUGCUGAUAACUGGGGGGGGUUUCACUAA